UAUUAUUACGACAUUUCCUAGUCCACCACGCAUGAAAAAAAAAAAUUAAAAUCCAAGUUGAAGUUUUAAUAUUUUAUCCAUUGACAAAAUUUCAUGUAAUUUCAUGUAAUCGCCGAUCGGCGGCAAGAGAGGAAAAGGUAGCCUGCGGUGCGGCUGGUCUUGGGUGGUGGCCGGUGAAGAAGGAUUUGUUUAGAGAGGGUGGAGGCUUUUAGAGAGAAGUUAGAGAGUUUGGUUGGUAGAGAGAGAAAAUGGUGAAGUGAAAUGAAAGAAGAAAGGAAAAAAAGGGGUUUUAUAGCUAGGCUUGGUGAGCUCAAAACUACGUAGUUUUGAAGCUCACAAACAAAUCCUCUCUAACCUCCCUAAACGGCGCCGUUUUGCUGGUGGAGUAUUGGAACAAUAGGUCUUGGGGCAGAUCCACGGGGUUCUAGUGACGGGCUGGCUGAAGUGGGUUGGUCAUUUGGGCCGCUUUUAGCCCAUCAAGUCUCACAGGUCACAGCCCAGCUUUCCAGAAUGCCAAAAGCACAACUUCCAUUGUUUGGCCUUAUGGUCGUCCUUGCUCUGUUUCUAUCCCCUGAAUCUUGCAUCGCUAGAGGCGGAAACAACGACUGCGGCUUUACUCUGUGUGGAGACGUUAACAUCAGUUACCCUUUACGAUUAAAAGGCCAGCGACGGGCGUGUGGUGAGAUUGAACUGGAGUGCGAGCAUGAUAACCGCACGACCUUGGUCGGGAAGUACGAUAAAUAUUAUGUUCAAGAGAUCUUUUACGAAAAUUCUACACUCCGAGUUGUGGGUGCAAAUCUGGGCAGGGAUAAUUGCUCCCUUCCACUCAAUCGGUUCUAUGAAGAUUUUCCCUUUUGUGGAAUUCCGUUCUUUGAUUUCAGUGGGUUCCCUGACCAUUAUAGCUUUAUGCAUCUAGUAAAUUGCACAACACCAGCAGAAUCUUCUCUCUAUGUCAAUGCCUCUCAUUGCCCCAGUAGCUCUUUAUCUCCACUCUCCUACUUUUAUUUUUUAGAUCAAGAAACCCAUCCACGAGAUUUCAAGCAAUCUUGCACGGUCGUAGCUGAGGUUCCAAUCAAGGUUGAGAAUAUCACAGGCCUGGAUUCUUUGAAAAUCUACGAAAAACUAUUAUUGGGCUUUGAAUUGUCAUGGUCCACGCGGGAAAGAUACUGCUCAAAUAAGCUUUCGUUCAAUCAAAUAUUGGCGAAAAUUCGGGAUGCCUUGACAGACUACCUGAACAGCUUUCUAUAUUUUAUUAUCCAUCGACCCCUUAUAUCAGCUUUCAAUGGUUUUCCAGCCGAAACUAAUAGAACAUAUAUUAUGUGUAUUGGAAUAACAGGAGGAAUAAUCUUGUCAAGAAUGUUGUUGGGGAUAUCUAUCUUGAUUGCACUUGUUACAUACAAAUUGCGAAGGAGACAUUUAUCUGUAGAUGAUACAAUUGAAGAGUUUCUUCAAAGUCAAAAUGAUUUAAUGCCAAUAAGAUAUUCUUACUAUGAAGUAAAAAGAAUGACUAGAAAUUUUCAAGAAAAAUUAGGUGAAGGUGGUUAUGGCUCAGUAUUUAAAGGAAAGCUUCGAAGCGGUCAUCUUGUAGCAAUAAAAUUAUUGGGCAAGUCAGAAGCUAACGGGCAAGAUUUCAUUAAUGAAGUUGCUACAAUCGGGAGGAUUCAUCAUGUUAAUGUGGCGAAACUUAUUGGAUUUUGUGUGGAGGGAUCAAAACAAGCCCUUGUAUAUGACUUUAUGUCAAAUGGAUCUCUAGAUAGGAUCAUAUUUGCAGAAGAGAACAAAAUCAGCUUAAGUUGGCAAAAACUGUUUGAUAUUGCUCUGGGGGUGGCUCGAGGAAUUGAAUAUUUACAUCAAGGAUGUGACAUGCAAAUUCUACAUUUUGAUAUCAAGCCCCACAAUAUUCUUCUAGACGAGUACUUUAUCCCAAAAGUUUCAGAUUUUGGUCUUGCUAAACUUUAUUCGGUAGAUGAUAGCAUUGUAUCUCUCACUGCAGCACGGGGUACAAUAGGAUACAUUGCUCCUGAAUUGGUCUACAAAAACAUUGGAGGCAUCUCGAAUAAGGCUGAUGUUUAUAGUUUUGGAAUGUUAUUAAUGGAAAUGGUGGGAAGAAGGAAGAAUUUGAAUGCGUUUGCUGAACACUUGAGUCAAAUAUACUUUCCUUCAUGGAUUUAUGGCCAAUUUCAUCAAGGAGAGGACAUUGAGUUGGGAGAGGUUACAGAUGGUGAAAAGGUAAUUGUUAGGAAGAUAAUAAUAACAGCUUGUUGGUGUAUACAAGUGCCACCUAACGACCGUCCUUCAAUGAGCAAAGUCUUGGAGAUGCUUGAAACUGAUGUUGAGCUCCUUCAAAUGGCCCCCAAACCUUUUCAACUCCCUUUUGAAAUAUCAACCAAGGAUCAUGCUGAUGAGAAUCCAAACGAGGAUCCAACUUCAUCACUUCUUUUUUCGAAUGAAAUUAGCUUAAAUAUAGCAUAAGCUAUGGAACUUUUCAUUUUAUUAUGUUAUUUUUGUACUUUGAUAAUAAGAAAAAAUCAUGUCCCUUUAAAACCUAGAAUUUUGUAUUGUAAUUUCCAAUCUUGCCUCUA